AUGGCGGACAUUCCACUCUUCGUCAUCUCGGACUACUCUGCCUCGGAGAGGCGCAUCACGCCAUCAUGGUCCAUCAGCGAGUUCAAGGCCAAGAUGGAGUCGGUGACGGGCAUCCCCCCGUCGUCGCAGAAGCUGACUUACAAGACCGCCACGUCUGAGAGGAUACCGAUGGACGUGGCCGACGAGGACAAUACCCUGCUUUCUAGCUUUCCCCUCUCUCGGAACGGGGAGAUCCAUAUAACCGACCUCCGCCCUCCCUCCGCCCGCCCCAACUUCAACGACACCACAGGCGUAGAAAAAUACGUCAUGUCCGAAGAAGACUACGCCCAAAAAACCGACUCCGUCCUCGCCUGGAAGAAAGCCCAAAAGCUAGGCCGCUUCGACCCCGACGCCCCUAGCCACGAGCAAGCCAAGAUCGCCAACUACGAGCAGGAGGUGCGCGAGCGCCGCAUCGAGGUGGGCAAGCGGUGCCGGGUCGGCCACGAGGACACGCGGAGGGGCGUCGUCAUGUACGUCGGCGAGGUAGUGGAGAUUCCUGGGGGAAGCGGGCCGUGGGUCGGCGUGAAGCUCGACGAGCCCGUGGGGAAGAAUGAUGGGAGCAUUGCGGGCACGAGGUAUUGGGGGCAGCCGUCGGAGCUGAAGCAUGGGGUUUUUGUGAGGCCGGAGAGGGUGGAGGUUGGGAAUUUUCCUGCUUUGGAUGAUUUGGAGAUGGAGGAGAUCUGA